UGUCAAACGGAGUCUCCACUGAACCACUCAUUUGUUGUCCAAAUUAUGCCCCGAAAAGAGGACCUCACGAGCGAUGAUGUCGACCACAACAACGACCACACUCUCGAUGGUGACGACAACAGACAAUUGGAUGAAGAGGAUGUAGAGGAUUGCGAUGACGAGAAUCAAGACGACGAACAACAAGAAGAUGAGACAGAGAUGGAGGCGGAGGACGAUCAGGAGAGGGGUGAAGAGGGCAUAUCGGGUGCCAACGACUCUGAACUCGUGUACGGCGACGACAACGACAGCAAUACUAUAGAAAUGCAAUCGCAGUCACAUAAGAGGAAUAAGAAACGCAAAGCAAAAGACAACAGCGAGAAGAAGAGGGGGAAGAAGAAGAAGAAGAAAAAGAGCAGUUCAGCCGAAAGUCCCGACGAAUUAAGCUUCGGUUUAAUGGACGACCCGAUGGCCGAAUUGGACGCCGACUACCAAACGGAGGCAAAAAAGCCACGAAAAGGCAAGUCUGAGAGGACACAGAAAAGCGUUGAAGAGAUUUGUGAGGAAUUUGAUUUGGAAGACGUGGGCUAUGACUACACAGAAGCCGAUUACCAGGAUCUGACAAAUUAUAAACUUUUCUCACAACACAUAAGACCUUUGAUCGCAAAAUCUAACCCAAAGAUAGCGAUGGGAAAAAUGGUUACUCUUAUAUCUGCCAAAUGGCGUGAAUUUAUUGCCAAUAGUCCGCAGAAAGAUAUGGCGCAACUGGUCGAUGAGGAAACUCCUAAAAAGGGGAAAAGACCUAAAGUGAAGUCCGUUCCGUCGAUUAAGAUAAAAAUUGGUGGACUGAACGCCAAUAAACGCAAGAAACACAACACUUCCGAUGAAGAGGAUAGCGGUGAUGAGCCCAACAAAAGCGAUGUUGAGUUUGAGGCGGCUUUGGAGGAGGCGGACAGAGCGACCCCUCCGCCAAAAAUGGACAAAAAGAAAAUUAAGAGUAAAAAACUCAAAAAGAAAAAGAAGACUAAAACGACUGCAAGUUUUCCGUCCGGAAACGGAAAUUCAGACAAUGAGAAUGGCUAUGAAACAGAUCAUCAGGACUACUGCGAAGUGUGCCAACAGGGCGGCGAAAUCAUCCUCUGCGACACCUGUCCGCGAGCCUACCAUUUGGUGUGUUUGGAGCCAGAACUAGAAGAAGCCCCAGAAGGCAAGUGGAGUUGUCCUCACUGUGAAGGAGAGGGUGUUCCAGACCAAGAGGAAGAGGUCCCAACGGAGACCAACAAUGAUCAUCACAUGGAGUUCUGCAGAGUAUGCAGAGAUGGCGGUGAACUCCUGUGCUGUGAUUCGUGUCCGUCUGCUUAUCACACGUAUUGCUUGACUCCUCCGUUGCGAACAGUGCCGGACGGGGAGUGGCAGUGCCCGCGCUGUGGGGUUGAGCCGUUGAAGGGAAAAGUAGCCAAAAUCUUGACCUGGCGUUGGGCUGAGAUCUACAAAGACGACGAUCCAGUGAUUGGCAGCGAACCCAUGACUAACGAUGACAUUCCGGCCGCCCAGCCCUCCACCAGUAAGAAACCGCAGCCCAAACCUCAACGAGAAUUCUUCGUCAAAUGGCAUGACAUGAGUUAUUGGCACUGCUCUUGGAUUAGUGAAGUCCAGUUGGAUGUAUACCAUCCCUCUAUGUAUCGCAACUAUUGCCGCAAAACAGAUAUGGAUGAACCGCCCCCUCUCGACGACGGCAGCUCUAAUGAGAUUAUUGCCCCCAUAGUGCCCACCCCUCCCGUUGAAGAGACCAACGCUGAGGGAGAGAUUACAGCCGCCACUGGAAUGAAACGUCUGGAGAAGAAGAAGGCCAACAGAAGUGAUGUUAAUCUUGAGGAGAAGUACUACAGAUAUGGCAUUCGUCCGGAAUGGCUGAACGUUCAGAGAGUUAUAAACCACAAGACUCUACGCGACGGACGGGUAAUGUAUUUAGUGAAGUGGCGGGACUUGCCGUACGACCAGUGCUCGUGGGAAUUCAAUGACAACUCACAGCUCGAACUCGAAAUCACAGAAUUGAAGAAAGCCGUCGAUUUUUAUUGGGAUUUAAGGAGUUCUGUCGACUCGUCCCUCAAGAAGAAUAGCAGCGGUUCUAAGAAAGGGAAGGGAAAGAAGUCGAAGAAUGAGCUGAGGAGUGAGGACUAUGUCGGCCGAUCCACUCCUCCUCCCGAUAAGCCAACAGUAGACCCGAAGAAGAAAUAUGAAUAUCAGCCGCAUUACAUCGACGCCACGGGAAUGGAGUUACAUCCGUACCAAUUAGAAGGCUGUAAUUGGCUCCGCUAUUCCUGGACUCAUAAAACAGACACCAUAUUAGCCGAUGAGAUGGGUUUGGGAAAGACUAUUCAGACAAUUGUUUUCUUAUACUCGCUAUACAAAGAGGGUCACUGUAAGGGACCUUUCCUGGUGUCGGCGCCCCUCUCAACCAUCAUUAACUGGGAGCGAGAGUUUGAAGUCUGGGCUCCGGACUUCUAUGUGGUGACAUAUAUUGGCGACAAAGACAGUAGAGCUGUCAUACGAGAGCACGAGUUGAGCUUCGAAGAGGGAGCCGUUCGCGGCGGUGCUAAGGCCUCGCGUGUUAGGAAGGACUGUCCCAUCAAAUUCCACGUUUUGCUCACCUCUUAUGAACUGAAUUGCAUCGACGCGGCAACCCUUGGCUCACUGGAGUGGCAGGUGCUGGUCGUCGAUGAGGCCCAUCGUCUUAAGAACAAUCAAUCGAAGUUUUUCCGAAUAUUGAAUUCGUAUAAAAUUAACUAUAAGUUACUUUUGACGGGAACUCCGCUUCAGAACAAUUUGGAAGAAUUGUUUCAUUUGUUAAACUUCUUGAGUUCAACGAGUUUUCAUGAUAUGCAGGGAUUCCUCAAUGAGUUCGCAGAAAUAGCCAAAGAAGAACAGGUGAAGAAAUUGCAUGACUUGUUGGGUCCGCAUCUCCUCCGAAGACUCAAAGCCGAUGUACUGAAAGGCAUUCCCGCGAAGAGUGAGUUUAUAGUUAGAGUGGAUUUGGCGCCAAUGCAGAAGAAGUACUAUAAAUACAUAUUAACCCGAAAUUUUGAGGCGUUGAACACUAAGGGCGGCGGACAUCAGGUCUCGUUAGUUAACAUAAUGAUGGACCUGAAGAAGUGCUGUAACCACCCGUACCUCUUCCCGGCGGCCGCACAAGAGGCGCCCAAAAUGCCGAACGGCGCCUAUGAAGGCAAUGCACUCGUGAGGUCUUGCGGUAAACUUAUAUUACUUCAGAAUAUGAUGAGAAAACUACACAAUGAAGGCCAUCGGGUGCUUAUAUUCUCGCAAAUGACUCGAAUGUUAGACAUUUUGGAAGACUUUCUUGAGUUUGAAGGAUACAAAUACGAGCGAAUCGACGGCGGAAUUACCGGUAGUUUACGUCAAGAAGCGAUCGAUCGUUUCAAUACACCCGGAGCUCCACAGUUCUGCUUUUUACUGUCCACUCGUGCGGGUGGUCUUGGGAUUAAUUUGGCCACCGCUGACACUGUCGUCAUCUAUGACUCCGAUUGGAAUCCACACAAUGAUAUUCAAGCAUUCAGUAGAGCCCAUCGUAUAGGACAGGCCAACAAAGUAAUGAUAUAUUUCUUCUCGCUGUUGUCUUUUGCUUUGCGUUUCUUAUUCCUCUUAUGUGACUGCGAUUGCAUUUCUAUAGUAUUGCUGUCGUUGUCGUCGCCGUACACGAGUUCAGAGUCGUUGGCACCCGAUAUGCUCUCUUCACCUCUCUCCUGGUCGUCCUCCGCCUCCAUCUCUGUCUCAUCUUCUUGUUGUUCGUCGUCUUGA